AUGACUGGCGUGACAUUCGGUCCAACUACAAUCCUCGGUGGAGGAUCCACUCCAGCGCCUGGAGCCCCCGCUCCUGCUUUUGGCGCCCCAGCUCCAGGCGGUGGUGGAUUCAAUUUUGGAGGAUCUGCUAGCAAUCCGGCACCAGCCCCCACACCUGGUGGGUUCAGCUUUGGAGGAUCAAGUGCUCCAGCAGCAUCGGCUUUUGGAACCCCAGCGCCCGCUCCGGGUGGAUUUUUUGGGGCACCCACUCCUGCUCCUGGAACUGCGUCGGCGUUUGGCUUUGGAGGAACUUCUUCCUCUACAGGUGGAAGUCUCUUUGGCGCCCCGACACCGGCAAGUGGAAGUCUCUUUGGUUCCCCGGCACCAGCUCCUCCUGGUGGCUCUCUUUUUGGCAGUUCGAUGGGUGGUUCCAUCUUUGGAUCCCCGGCUCCAUCCUCCUUUGGUGGAUUUGGAGCCACCACACAACAACAGCAGCAGCAACCAGCACAACCACAAGUUCCUGCACAUGCAGCUCUUCAGGCCCACAUGGAAGCCAUGAAUGCUGCUGAAACACAAAAAAUCAAAGCGGAAUUGUCCAAAUUGUAUGCAAUCUACACAGCGGAAGUCACACCCAGUACUCCCUCGGAUGCCAAAAAGAAUUUUGUUUCCAUUGUGUACAAUGACAUGGAUCAACAACAACGUCAACAACAGUGGCUUCAUGGUGUGGGCGCCGGUGGGGAAAUCUUGCCCAUUGCUCCACCCAAACCACCACAAGUCUCAGAAGCAGAUUGGUACAAGGCGGUGGUGGAAAACCCCGAUCCGAUGAACUACAUGCCAAUUGCCUUGGUCGGAGCUGAAGCACUGGGUGCACGACUGUCAUGGCAACAAGAACGAGCCAAUGAGUUGACCAAGAAUGCUGAAACAAUCCAGGCUAGCCAUGACAUGUCAAAAGAACUGUACAGACAAGCCUAUCGAAAGCUGGAAGAAAUCAAACGGGCACAUGACAAUCAUCGCAAACGUCUCUUGAAUAUUAUGCGAAAGGUGGAAAUUGUCCGCUGCAUGAACCAACCACUGCAACAGGACGAAGUCAAAUUGUUGGGGCAAUUACAACAAGUCAACAUGAAAGUGAGAGAUGUGCAACGGCAACUGGGUAAUUUGCACAUGCAAGCGCAAAAGGCACCACCCAGUCUUUUGGAUGCCAAUGUCAAGCUGGAGAUUCCUGACCGGGAACGACUCUCCCAGAUUUUCACCCAUCACGCCGAGCAACUCCAGAAACUCAACACAGCCAUGAAGAAGGAUCUACGAGAUGUGGAACUCAUCAAACAGCGAGUAGUGCCAAAGGAUGGUGCCGGAGCCGUGGGUCCUAAUCGGUUUCGUUAG